AGCAAAUGGAAGCCACAGAUUUUGACAUGAAUGAUGAGCUACUACAGUCAGCAUUUGGUGAUGGUGAAGUACAUUGUGGCUUGCAGUCUAGACGUCAAAGAAAGGAACGAGAUUUACACAAGAUGGCCUAUGAAUGCUGUGAUACAGAUAUCCUUAAUAGUGAUACUGAUGAAUUGUCAAAGAGAAUUGACAAUCUCUCACAAAUGAGAUCUCUACCAAUUGAAGGUAAUUUGUACCCCAAUAAUUUCAUGAAUGAUGGAAGUCAAACGAAAUCUUCGACUAUUGAUGCCUUAGAUCUGAGGAUCGAUAUGGUGUGGAAAAGGCCCGGUACACAGAUGAACUCACAAAAUAGACCAUUGCUGAAGCCAAUGAAAAUCAAGACAGAACAUGCGACAUCUACAAAUAUUGAGACUCCGUCAUUGUCAGAAGAUGAGGUAACGCCAAAAAGAAGCCACAUGCAAGAAGUGAUGCCAGACAUUAAAAGAAGAGAGCAGACUUGUGAAGAGGAAAAGUUCUUUUUGCCUCCACCAUUGCCGAUUGGAGCUAAUGAUUGUCUGACAGAAAUUUCAAAGCCAAAUCUUAAAAGACAAGAUGCUUUUUAUCAGAUUCCAAUGCCACAACCGAUGCAUUAUGAUGUGUUACAUUCUCCAGCAGUGAAUCGAGAAGGUACAGAGGGUGAUUCUUCAAUGC